UGAUUACUGCGACACAUUGACACUUUAUUUAAACAAUUAAGAGUGAAAUCAGACCCUCUGUGAUGGACAACGUAUACAUUUGUUUGACAGUAGUUGCAUUAACCUGCUUUCUUUUGUUUCCUUGCUGUUCUGCUUUGUCAUCCGUGCAACGUAAAAGACUACAAUUCCCAACAAAACUGUCUUCAACCAGGAAGUGGAAGUAGCGAUGUCAACAGACACAUAGCGCUGUCGACAUGGAACUUCCAGUCUUCUACAAAGCGUCGCUAUUUUGCGUGUAAAUGCACCCCUUUCGAGAAUGAGAGGCGUUCACCGUAACGUGUUGUUGCUUUCCUUGUUGCUGUUACUCCUAAACACGUGCGUCAAGCCGUUGGAUCUACGUGAGAGAGACGAGGACGGAGGAGACGUGAACCAUAAGGUUGCUCCACUAGAACACCAGCAAACUGUAGUAAGACAGGACAAGGAAGAUGGACACGAUUCAAUGGACCAUAAGAAGGAGGGACAGUCUGUCGGCAAGUCCAACGUCACGGACACCUCGAGCAACGAGACCCUCCUCUCUACGACACCCGCCGUCAAGCCCACAACCCCGGCACCACCGACCGUCAAGCCCAUUCUGCCCGUGCAGACGGGGGUCAAGGCCCAGGAAGAAGAGCAGUCCAGCGGGCUGACCAUCUUCUUCAGCCUGCUUGUUAUUGGUAUCUGCAUCAUAUUGGUGCACCUGCUCAUCAAGUUCAAACUGCAUUUUCUUCCGGAGAGCGUGGCGGUCGUGUCUCUUGGGAUUCUAAUGGGAGGCUUUAUCAAGAUCAUUGAGUUCCAGGAACUGGCCAACUGGAAGGAGGAGGAAAUGUUCCGACCCAACAUGUUCUUCCUUCUGCUCCUGCCGCCCAUCAUCUUUGAAUCUGGAUACUCUUUACACAAGGGGAACUUCUUCCAGAACAUCGGCUCCAUUACCCUCUUCGCUGUGAUCGGCACGACCAUCUCCGCCUUCAUAGUGGGAGGAGGUAUCUAUUUCCUGGGGCAGGCUGAUGUCAUCUAUAAGAUGUCUAUGACUGAUAGCUUCGCCUUUGGCUCUCUGAUCUCGGCGGUGGACCCCGUGGCCACCAUCGCCAUCUUCAACGCCCUCAACGUGGACCCGGUCCUCAACAUGCUGGUGUUCGGUGAGAGCAUCCUCAACGACGCCGUCUCCAUCGUCCUCACCAACACAGCGGAGGGCUUUUCCCGCGCAGACAACUCCAUGGUAACAGGCUGGCAGACGUUUCUGCAAGCGAUGGGCUAUUUCCUGAAGAUGUUUUUCGGUUCUGCCGCCCUGGGAACCCUCACUGGACUCAUCUCAGCUCUUUUUCUAAAACACUUUGAUCUGAGGAAGACUCCUUCGCUGGAGUUUGGGAUGAUGAUUAUCUUUGCGUACCUUCCCUAUGGCCUGGCAGAGGGCCUCAAACUGUCUGGAAUAAUGUCCAUCCUGUUUGCGGGCAUCGUGAUGUCUCACUACACCCAUCACAACCUGUCCCCCGUCACACAGAUCCUCAUGCAGCAGACGCUGCGCACGAUGGCCUUCAUGUGUGAGACCUGUGUGUUUGCCUUCCUUGGUCUCUCCAUCUUCAGCUUCCCUCAUAAAUUUGAAUUAUCGUUCGUCAUCUGGUGCAUAGUCCUGGUUCUUCUGGGCCGAGCGGUGAACAUCUUCCCGCUGUCAUUCCUGCUGAACUUCUUCAGAGACCACAAGAUUACGCCCAAAAUGAUGUUCGUCAUGUGGUUUAGUGGUUUGCGAGGGGCCAUCCCCUACGCCUUGAGCCUCCAUCUGGGCCUGGAGCCCAUCGAGAAGCGGCAGCUGAUCGGCACCACCACCAUCAUCAUCGUCCUCUUCACCAUCCUCCUCAUGGGGGGCGGGACCAUGCCGCUCGUUCGCCUCAUGGACAUCGAGGAAAGCCAGUCGCGGCGCAAGAGCAAGAAAGACAUCAAUCUCAGCAAGACGCAGAAGAUGGGUAACACCAUCGAGUCGGAGCACCUAUCGGAGCUGACGGAGGAGGAGUACGAGGCUCACAUCUACCACAGACAAGAUCUGAAGGGCUUCAUGUGGCUCGAUGCUAAAUACCUGAACCCCUUCUUCACCCGCCGGCUCACCCAAGAGGACUUGUUGCAUGGCCGGAUCCAGAUGAAGACCCUGACCAACAAGUGGUACGAGGAAGUUCGGCAGGGACCGUCCGGCUCUGAGAAUGACGAGGAUGAAGCAGAACUUCUGUGAACUGAAGGAAACGCUUUCAGUUCAUGAGAAGAGAACAAUGAGUGGACAUUGUGUGUCCUGGGCCAAGUGUGUGUGUGUUCAGAGUCACAUGCACUUCUUGUUUGUUCAUCUACCACCAACUCAAUGUGGACACAAAGUGAGCUGGAAUGUGUCAAAUCAAAGUGAAACUCCAGUAAAUCUAGAUUUGUAAAGUCUACCACUGAAUGAAGCGUCUGUGAACGCGAUGUUUCUCAUCUAAAUGCCGUAUGGUGACUUGCUACAGACACACAGGAGGUCUUGUUGAUCCUUGUUGUCCCAGGUGUUUCUCUUCUCGAGGUUCGGGUCUGAGAUAAAGGUGUCGUGGGAAGCUGUCUACGUAAAGCAAUACCGCAGCACCGGUUCACUUUUCCAUCCUCGUCUGUGUGGCGCCAGCUUAUCUAAAGUCUGCUGGAGGUUUUACUUCAACACAAUAAUCGCUCCCAAGUUAAUUGUCUUUUAAAGUGGGAUUUGUGAGGUUGCUGCUUCCAAUAGCUUCCUGACAUUUAAUUAUCUCCGAGGCUCCACGUUUGUAUGCAUUAGUGUCUCUGAGUGCACACGUGUAUAUAUAUAUAUUCAUACGUAUGGAAUGAAGAUUAAAUAAGAGGAGCGACCGCUGCUCCCUGCAGCGAAGAAGAACUGCAGUUAAUGAAAUGCGUCGGGUGAAAGGAACACGUUUCGUCACCUCCAGCUUCCAGAAGAAUAAUUACGCUGCAGCGGUUAUUUCUAAUCAUCUUUUCCCCUAAAUGAACUUGACUGUGUUUAUUUGGGUCUCUGGCGAGGCUCGUGCCACUGUGUUGUGUAAGUGGAACUUGAAAUGUGAUUUUUUUUUUUAUUUCCCUCUUUGGUUUCCUGUUGAAGAUAAGCAGCGAUGAAUGUGUGGGUAACUGGGGAGUGUUGAUCUAUUUAUUUAUUUAUGUGUGUGUGGGAUUAAAGGCUUUUAUACAAGCUCUGUGAGCGCUGCAGAACUAUAGAACACAAAACGUCUAAUAAAACAGAUUGCCAUCUGACA